AAUGUAUUGGGGUUAUCGUUAUCCCCACAGCUAUUCACAGGUCAUCAGGUAAGAUUCCCGUUCAGAUCGACUUAAUAGGUUUGAACACCCAGGGGCUAUGUGUGCCAACGUGCAUUCUGAUUGUCAUAUAAGUAUUGUCCCUCAUGAAUGGCAUUUGUUUCUUAUGCUUCUCUGCUACGUAACUGGUGGGCGUUUGUCCACAAACAUGAUGUGAUUCACCACGUAGUCUGCUGCAUCUGUCAUUCUCAGUCAUGGAUUCCCAGUCUAAGUAGGCAUAUAAACUGGCACCGUCUGUCGCUCUGGCCCCCCAGCCUUCGAGUUUCACCACUUGCUUGUUGGCACACUCUGUUCGGGAUGCCACUGCUCCUGCUCCCGAAAAAUCACCGAGUGUCUUGGCAGCUGUGUCGACUUCGAAGGCAAUUCUCGGGGCUUCCCCCUACGACCAUUCCAAUAUUAGAGUCUGUCGCAUCCUGCAGAACAUGGAGGCUGAAAGCAUACGACGAGAAGAAAUCGGUGGGUUUUGUUCCGACCAUGGGCGCCUUCCACGAAGGUCAUUUGUCACUUUUGCGGAGGUCUCUUUCCGAGAAUGACCUAACCAUCGUUUCUAUAUUCGUGAAUCCAGGCCAAUUUGCGCCUGGUGAAGAUUUCGAAAAAUACCCUCGCAUGUUGUCACGAGAUCUCGAGCAACUUGCGAGCGGGCAAGUGUCCGUUGGGAAUGUUCUUCGGACAACGUCAGCGGUGUUUCUUCCCGGCGUACAAGAAAUGCACCCGUCUGGCAUCACCAGAGAUGUCGCAUCCCAGAAAGGUACCUUCGUGGAGGUGGAGGGUUGCAGUCACCAAAUGGAAGGCGCGAUUCGACCAACUCUGUACCGUGCAAUUGCUACGAUUGUCACGAAGUUAUUUAACGUAGUACAGCCAACGAAUGUGUAUCUCGGACAGAAAGAUAUCCAACAGGCUCUCAUGAUCCGCCAGUUAUGCCGUGAUUUGUUGUUGGCAGACCCAGAUGCGAAACGUGUGCAUAUCGUCCGGACCGUGAGAGAUCCUAUCGACGGUGUCGCACUUUCGUCGCGGAAUGCGUAUCUCUCGGUUGAUGAACGUUCAUGUGCCGGCACCCUGUACAGAGCACUGCAGGCCGCGGAGACCGCUUGGACUCGUGGAGAGACGAAAGAAAAAUCUAUAUCCGCAGCUGCAGCUGUCGUGGAACAAGGUAAAACAAAGGCAGCAUCGAAAGGUGUUGAGAUGAAGCUGGAAUACGUCGAAAUGAAUGACGCGGGUUCUUUCGAAGUGUUGGACGGGAAGUUGCAUAAGGGAUCUAGAUCGUUGGGUGGUACUAACCCCAUCCUUCUUACUGGGAUGUUGUGGGUAGGCAAGACACGACUUGUCGAUAACAUCGUCAUUGGGGACUCUGGUACCAUCGUCAGUUGAUUGAUAUAGAUGCACAGUGGGUAAUAACCCCUGACUGCAUAUUUAUGUGGCUGUACAGCGAGGGGCCGCUUGUCCAGAUUUCCCCGGUGACUUGAUACAUACGCUGAAAACUCGUCCAACAUGCAAUCAUCCAGAGUGAUGAUAAGCAGCGGUGAGCUGCGAUCCUCACAACUGGACAAUUUGGCAGUGUCACGUCCCUUCGUUCAGCAGAUCGACGUUGUGUUUCCAUCGUCUGAGCAUUUCGAAAAGGAAUUCUCUUCAUUAGUAACAUCGUAUGACAGAGCCCAGUUUACUCUCUCAGAGCUUUUCAACCAAGCUG